AUGACGACAGCCAUAGUAGUGGCUAAGGAGUGGGCAGUGAAUGUUAUUGGAGAGAAGGUGUCUUCUCAAAAGAGACUACGAGUUCUGGAAGAUCAAACAAAUGCAGAGGUCUACGUUCGCACUGAUGCAGCAUGGAGAAGCGAAGAUAAAGCAGCAGGACUCGGAUGGACAAUUCAAGACACGAGGCAGGGAGCCUCCUUCAAAGGCUACCAGAAGCGAGUCAACUCGGCACUCCUUGCAGAGAGUCUCGCCUUGCGUGAAGCCCUUCUCAUGUGUAAGGAAAUGGAAGUGACUAACCUGAGAGUCGAAAGUGAUUCAUCUGUACUGAUCAAGGCAGCUAGAGGAACAGAACCUGUAGCAGAGCUCCAUGGAGUCAUAUCAGACAUCAGAUUACUAUCUUCUUCCUUUCAAUCUAUAUCUUUUGGUUGGAUCUCUAGAGAUCAAAAUGGUGUAGCCCAUAAACUGGCAAAAGAUGUUUUGUAUGUAGGUGAUACUUUUAUGGCACCCACCUAA